AUGUGGGUACCUUUUGGGAACAGCUGUUACCAUUUUGUGCAUGGGAAAGAAGACGUCACCAAGAGCUACAGCAUCGAGCUGGCGAAAGACCUCUGCCAUGGAUAUGCCCUACUGACUGUAAACAGCGAGGAGGAGAACACGUUCGUCGUCAACUACAGCUCUGAAGUUUGGAAGGGCAACGUAAACGUAUGGCUUGGGAUGUACUAUGAUUCUGACCAGAUGGUGUGGCAGACAGAGGAGCCUCUAUAUUUCACCAACUGGGGCACAAUCUCGGAGGAGCUGGCCAGCAUGGACACGUGUGCCGCCCUGAACGCCUCCAGCGGCAUUUGGGACAUAGUCAGCUGCGAGGAGACCUCAGAGAACGGCGUGGUGUGCGAGACGCUUCAGGAACCAGAAAAGAAGUCCAAAAAGAGCGGCACUUGGCUCCUCUCGGCACUGGUCAUCCUCAGCGUGGUGGUCAUCUUGGGAGUCUCCGCUGUCAUCUGGUUCAUGCAGCAGAGACACAGCUUUGGCCCCGUGUUCUUCACCGCGUUCGAGUUCCACCCGCCGUUCCGGACUCUCGCGCCCGACGAGGCCUGUCUCAUGGAGGUGGAGACGGGGCCGCUGCCCUGA